CAAUCUCCAAGUCACUCCUUUCUCAAAGAAGUAUGUUUGAUUUUCAGUACUAUAGUAGAGAGCUAGAAUACCUAAGAUUAACCUCUUUGCAUCUAGGCAGGCAACCGACAAUUUUACAGAAAAUAAUUAGGAACAUUUAUUUUGAUGCCUGGAAAGCUGCCCUCAGUAUUCCUUCCAUACAGACUCUUCCUGCUGAGAUACAUCUUGUAUGCUUCUAAUGCUGCUGAUGGCAAUGGCGAGCAAAGGAACUGAGGGGACGACUAGUUCUCAAGUAGAUGCCAGUCCUGAAGAAAGUGCUGAAACAUUUACGUUUUCAGUGGACUAUAAUUUGGUGCAAAUUCCCUAUGAAAUCACACUUUGGAUCAUACUGGCAUCAUAUGCAAAAAUUGGUUUCCACUUGUAUCGCAGGUUGCCGAAAAUAAUGCCAGAAAGCUGCGUCCUUAUUGCAAUUGGUGCACUGCUUGGGGGAAUUAUUUAUGGUACAGAUCACAAAUCUCCACCAGCGAUGAGGACUGAUAUAUACUUCUUGUAUCUCCUACCUCCAAUUGUUCUUGAAGGAGGGUACUUUUUGCCCACUCGACCCUUUUUUGAAAACAUUGGAACCAUAAUAUGCUGGUCAGUAUUGGGGACUCUCAUUAAUGCAUUUGGUAUUGGCAUUUCCCUCUACGGAAUCUGUCAGAUUGAAGCAUUCAGGUUAAGUGAUGUAACGCUGUUACAGAACCUAAUGUAUGGCAGUCUGAUUUCAGCCGUGGAUCCUGUAGCAGUUCUUGCCGUAUUUGAAGAAAUCUCUGUUAAUGAACAAUUAUACAUGACUAUAUUUGGAGAAUCUUUGUUAAAUGAUGGAAUAACUGUGGUAUUGUAUAAUAUGUUCAUCACCUUUACACGUAUGCACACUUUUGAAUCUAUUGAACCUGCAGAUGUGUUUGCGGGUAUUGGGCGUUUUUUUAUGGUGGGCAUUGGUGGAGUAUUCUUUGGGAUUAUAACUGGAUUCCUUUCAGCAUUCAUUACGAGAUUCACAAAGAAUAUUUCUUCCAUUGAGCCUCUCAUUGUCUUCAUGUUCAGUUACCUCUCAUAUUUGUCUGCAGAAGCCUUUUACCUUUCUGGGAUCUUGGCCAUGACAGCCUGUGCAAUGACCAUGAAGAAGUAUGUUGAAGAAAAUAUCAGCCAGAAUUCUAGUACAACAAUAAAAUAUUUUAUGAAGAUGCUAAGCAGCCUCAGCGAAACUCUGAUCUUUAUCUUCAUGGGAGUUAGCACUGUGGGAAAGAACCAUGAAUGGAACUGGGCUUUUGUCAGCUUCACCUUACUUUUUUGUCUGAUUUGGAGAGCACUAAGUGUAUUCCUUCUUUUUCCCAUCAUAAAUCAUUUUCGAACAUUACGGAUUACUCUUAAAGACCAGCUCAUUAUCGCCUACAGUGGACUUCGGGGUGCAAGUAGUUUCUCACUUGUGUUUUUGCUUCCCAUCCUUCUGUUUCCAAGGAAAAAAAUGUUUAUUACUUCUACGAUUGUUGUCAUAUAUUUUACAGUCUUCCUCAAGGGACUGACAAUUGGACCCUUAGUCAGAUAUUUAAAUGUGAAGAGAACUAACAGAAAGGAAACAAUUAAUCAAGAAAUACAUACACGGUUGAUGGAUCACUUGAAGACUGGAAUAGCAGAUAUCUGUGGCCACUGGGGGCACUAUCAAAUGAGACAAAAAUAUAAACAGAUUGAUAACAAGAUUUUACGGAGAGCUUUAAUCCGAGAUAAUCAGCCCAAGUCAAGUAUUGUGUCCCUGCACAAGAAGCUUCAGUUGAAACAAGCCAUUGAGAUGACAAGAUUUGGUAUGGGCAGAGAUAUUUCUUUGCCAUCCUUACAGACUUACUCACGCGCUAAUGUAGCAAAUGCCUUUUCCACAGAAGACAUAACACAGAUGAGGGAUCAGCUGACAAACAGCCUCUACCGAGUGCGGAGAAGGACACCAUCGUAUAGCAAAUACAACCUGCCAAAGGAGGACAGUGAAAUGCAAAACAAAGAAAUUCUUAUACGCCGAUAUUCAAGCAUGAGAAGAGGACAGACCCUUCCAUGGGAACGACAGACUUGUGCCAAAAAUGUUCGUUUUUUGUCACUUCCUCACAAGAGCUCCAAUGCAGGAGCAGGCAGAACAAAACAUCAACUGUUUCAAGGCCUUGAUGAUGCUGUGUUCUCUAGAAGCCCAGACUUGCAAAGUAGAACAGGGAUCAGUUAUUUGGAUCAUUGUAAACCUGAACAAAGAAACCAAAGAAGAGCAGGUUCAUGGCAUGCAAAAGAAAAUGUACUGAAGAAGGAUCUGAUUACAAAGCCGAGAUACCAGUCAGCAAACGCACACUUGCACUUUGAUGUGGUACAUGAGGAGGAUAUAGAGUUAAAUGAAGAUUGUGAUACGAAAGAGGAAACAAGACAGCCUGUGAGAUGGAACACUGAAGCAAGAAAUAACCAACAUUUCAAAAAACUUUAGAAACUAUUUAUAGAAA